AGACUUUCUUUCUAUACUUCUACUCUAAGGAGGAUUAGAAAUCAAACACAAAUCAUCUUAGAAGUAUAUUUAAAAAUAACAAUAAAAACAGAACAUUGCAUUUUGGGGUAAGACAGACUUAGAGGAAGCUUUAAAUUAGUUGGAAGACAGACUUUCUGUACAUGGUCAGCUGCUGUAUCUUUGGAGUUCCUUUCCUCUCUUCUCAAGGAUGUUGUCAGAAGGUUACCUUUUCAGGAUCCCCUACCUUUGUGAAGAUCACUUUGACUCUGAGCUCUACAGAGAGAGCGCAGCAGAGGAAGUGGCAUGUGAAAUGAGGUCCAUGCAUGGCUUCGAGUGUUCUUCCACAGAUGAAGCACAAGGAAAAGGUCUCUUUCAGAGAUGCAGAUCUGCUGGCAAAUAUAUUUCCUCAGUCCAUUCUAAAGGCAGCAAACGCAUCAGUAAGCAGAAAGAUAAUCUCCCACAGCCUACCCAGCACCCAGCAUCUGAGGGGCAGACACCUCCAGCUGUGGACAUCUGUGAAGGGCUGACGAGAAAAGAUGCCUAUCUGGUUCCAUCUUCCUGUAAAAGCAUUUGCAAGAACUACAGUGAUUUGCACAUAGCUGGGGACUACGUGAUGCCCAUCAGCUCAGUAGCAACAGAUUUUACCUGUGACAGCGGGAUAGGUCCCUUCUUGGAGUCCUCAGAGAUCCCGCCACCCAUGGAGUCGGUGAGGGUUCUCCCCAGUGACACUAGCCGCAAACCAGCCCAAGGCUACUCAUCGUGCUGGCGAGCGGCAAGUUUGGUGCUGCACCACCAGCCCCUCUCCGACUCAGCCCUGAAUGACUACCUAGAACAGAAGCUGGUGGAACUGUAUAAACAGUAUAUCAUGGACAGCACAGUAAAUAGGGCGUCCCCCACUCAGAUCCUGGCCUCUGAGCUUAUCAUGACUAAUGUAGAUCAAAUCAGCAUGCAGAUAUCACGAGAGAGGAAUAUGGAGACCACCAAGGCCAAAGACAUUGUCAUUAGCCGCUUCUUACAAAUAGCCAGUGAAAAAAUAUCCUCAGAAAUUAGCACACCUAGUCUGCAUAUUUCCCAGUAUAGCAACACUAACAUAUAAUAUUAGCAUGUCUGCAGUUAGAAAGCUUUUACGUUCUGCAAAGUCAAUUUUUAGAUUUUUCUCUUAAGACAUCUUGCUGCUUUAUAAAAAUGUGUUUUCAGGCUACCACUUAAAUUAAGCCUUCCAGUAAAUAUCAUUACUUAUUUAAUAUCUGUACAGUGCAGCCCAUACACCAUGGACCAGAUGAUUUACAGUUAAAAAAAAAAAAAAAGUGUUUCCCAAAGACUUUUUUCAGUAAGCCUCAAACAUUACAAAGUGUUGGUAGGGAAAAAAAAAAAAAAAAAAAAAAAAGAAA